AUGGCGACUACUGAUCACCACCUCAAAGAUUCAUCAUCAGUUGUGGUAGUGAUGGUUCCAUUAUUAGCUCAAAGCCACCUCAACCACCUCCUUCAACUCUCCCAUGUCGUUUCCUCAUACAACAUCCCUGUCCACUACGUUGGCUCUACUCUCCACAAUUCUCAAGUCAAGUCUCGAUCCAUAAACCCUCUUAGAGAAUUAACAAAAAUCCAUUUUCAUAACUUCCCAUUAAUCCGAACUACACCAUUCCCACCCAACCUCUGCUCCGGAACAAAGUUAUCCGAAACCGUCAAGCUCCUCCGCGAGCCAGUCGCUGCACUUCUCCGAUCACUCUCUUCAAACGUGAAACGACUUGUCGUUGUUCAUGAUGUUCUAAUGACUUCAGUGGUUCAAGAUUUUGUUUCUCUACCGAACGCAGAAGCCUAUGCUGUCAAUUGUGGCUCUGUUUUCUCAAUGUUCACCUACGCGUUCGCUGCCAUAGGACAGUACGAUAUCAUCCCAAUAAAGAAUAUUCCCUCUGUGGAAUCUUGUUACACUCAUGAGUUCUAUGAAUUUAUAAAACAUGAGUUUAAACAGAUGAAAAGUCAGGUUGGUCAACUCCACAACUCUUGUAAGGCUAUUGAAGGCUCUUUUCUCGAACAUGUAGCAAACUACGUACUCAAAGGAGAGAAGAAGAUUUGGGCAGUGGGGCCCUUGCACCAAACGACAGUCUUUAAGGAGGCCAGGGAUGAUGACAAGUGCUUAUUGGGGUGGCUAGACAAACAAGAGCCCAACAGUGUCUUGUAUAUAUCUUUUGGAACAACUACUACUUUUUGUGAGGAAAAGAUCAAAGAGAUUGCUCUUGGUUUGGAGCAGAGUGGGGUAAAGUUUAUGUGA